UCGUGUACCGACAGUAGCUGUAAACAAUCGUUGAAAGUCAGUUUAAAGCAUGGUCUGAAGCUAUUGAAGUGCACCGUUUAGGCAAAUGCCUCACAACUGUCCGUCACUUGACAGUUUUAAACAUGGCCGUACUCAGAGCUAAGCGGUAGCUGUAAACAACCGUUAAAAGUCAGUUUAAAGCAAUAUGUCUGAAGCCAUUAAAGUGCAACGUUUAGGCAAUUGUCUCACAUGAAUCACAUGAAAUCUGCUGUUCUCGUAACAUAACCGCAAAGUCGACCACGGGGGCAUCACGAAAUGUUAUCGUUAGCUAAAUUUAGCUAGAAUAGCUAGAAAAUCUCGAGGUUUUGGCUUUCUCCCAGUUUCUUCUCUCGAGCUGGAUUAAUUGGACGUCUGGUAUUGCAGAGAAUGCAGCAUAAGUAUCUCCUUUAGUUUGGGCCCAUUUUGUUAUCAACUCCUAUGUUUUGAGGGAGAUUGUAUGCGCUGACACAUGAUGCUAACUCCUGGUUUCCCCCAUGUCCAGCAGCCAUGAAGAAUACAGUUUGAAGACCAUGAGCAACUCCAUGGGAGGCAGGAGACAGAAAGCAGAGAAUGGCGGAGAGACUCUUAUUGCGCCUCCAUCUGCUGCUGAUGGGGAGCUCCUGAACCAAGAUCCCUCCACACCUGGGUUCAUUUAUGUGUUGGCAUUCUUCUCUGCCCUGGGAGGAUUUCUCUUUGGUUAUGACACCGGGGUGGUCUCCGGGGCGAUGCUGCUCCUGAAGGAGGAGAUGAACCUGAGUGCUCUGUGGCAGGAGCUGCUGGUUUCCAGUACUGUUGGGGCUGCGGCGCUCUCUGCCCUGACUGGAGGCUUCCUAAAUGGUUGGCUGGGGCGCAGGAUCUGCAUCCUUUUGGCCAGUUUCAUCUUCAGCAUCGGGGGCGUCAUCUUGAGUUUAGCACCGGACAAGGUGGUUCUUCUUGUGGGCAGAAUAACCGUUGGUGUGGGCAUAGGCAUUGCCUCUAUGACAGUUCCUGUAUACAUCGCCGAGGUUUCUCCACCUCACCAGAGAGGUCAGCUGGUCACCAUAAACUCCCUCUUCCUCACCGGGGGCCAGUUCAUUGCCAGUGUAAUCGAUGGAGCGUUCAGCUACAUGAGGCACGGCGGCUGGAGGUACAUGCUGGGUUUGUCCGUUUUUCCAGCAGUGCUGCAGUUUGUCGGCUUCUUCUUCCUGCCGGAGAGCCCUCGUUGGCUUCUCCAAAAGGGCAGGAACCAAGAGGCCCGCCAAGCUCUCAGUCGGGUCAGAGGGGGCCAGAACAUCGACGAGGAGUACGACACCAUCAAAACUGUCAUCGAGGAAGAGGAGAAAGCAACUGGUGGAGGACGCUUUGUUAUUUUGCGCAUCCUUCGCCAUGGCCCAACUCGAAGGGCUCUUAUCGUUGGCUGCGGCCUCCAGAUGUUUCAGCAGCUGUCUGGGAUAAACACAGUCAUGUACUACAGUGCGACCAUUCUGCAGAUGGCAGGGAUACGGGAUGUUAAACAGGCAAUCUGGCUGGCUGCUGCAACUUCUGCUACCAACUUUGUGUUCACCUUGGUUGGAGUCUGGCUGGUGGAGAGAGUGGGCCGCAGGCAGCUGACCCUUGGCAGUCUUCUUGGUACUGCUCUGAGUCUGACUUUGUUGGCUGUCGGAUUCUUACUAUCUGCCCAGUACUCUCCGCCUAUUACCAUCCACCCAGUCGACUCUCAAAACUCAACCUGCAGAUUGUAUGGGUCCUGUGAAUUAUGCAUGUUGGACCCGGACUGUGGAUUUUGUUAUCGUGAAAACGGCACCAGCGUGUAUGAAUCCUCCUGCAUUCCUGUCAAUCAAGUGUCCACAGAAGACGCCGCCUGGGGAAGAUGUUCCAACCAGACGGAGGCCACUGAUGGCCCCAUCUGGGCCUACAACUACUGUCCAACCUCGUACUCCUUGGUCGUCCUGAUGGGCCUCAUCCUCUACCUUGCAUUCUUUGCUCCAGGUAUGGGCACCAUGCCUUGGACAGUGAACUCUGAGAUCUACCCACUCUGGGCUCGCAGCACCGGCAACGCCUGUUCAGCCGGGGUCAACUGGAUCUUCAACGUCCUGGUGUCUCUGACCUUCCUUCAUGUCGCUGAGUAUCUGACCUAUUACGGAGCGUUCUUUAUGUACACCGGCCUGGUUGUUUUGGGUAUCCUCUUCGUCCUGGGUUGCCUCCCAGAGACCCAGGGCCUGCAGCUGGAGGACAUCGAUAACCUGUUCACCGGUCAGCUCUGCUCCUGUGGAGCCUCCUCACACCGGGACAAAGGCCACGUCCACUACAUCCGGCAAGGUUCGGAAUUCAGCCCAGCCCAGUACGGAGCGGUGGGGUCAGACAGUGCCUUAGCCUACAUAACUGUGAGUACUGCACCAAGGUGUUAAUAACUUUUUCUUCUGUCCUACAUAUAUGCCUUUGUAAUGAUUUAAUAUUUGUUUUUACAGCUCAGAUAAUGGUGACCAAGUAGCCCUGAACAACUUAAUAGCAAAGCACCUUUUGUUUACAACAUCCUGUUUACACACACACUUGAAAUAAAAAAUCAAAAAAAUAGUCUUUUUUAUUAAACUGCAAGCUAGAAAUGGCCAUGCCAUGUUUGUGCAAUGUGUUAUUUUAGAAAAAUCUAGUCUAUUUUCUAGUGUAGUGUAUUAGGAUUGUAUGGACAUCUGGGGAUGUCUAAAUUGAAGUUUUCUGAUGAGUAAAAUGGAAAUUAUUCGGAUUAGUUGGAAAUGGUAUAAAAACAUUAUUAAUGGCAACAAAAUCCUCCAAUGUUUCUAAACACAGAUCCGUAAUUAUAUAUGAAAAACUCACCAGCCUGUGCAAGAACUUAAAAAGGGGAAAAAAGUACUGUAAUUCUUAAAUGUAUUCAGAAUACUGACACAGACAUUUUCUACACUUGAAGUUAAUUUAUUGUCGGGUGGACAGUAAUGAGUGUUAUGAAAAGGAAAACUAAGUUUUUAUGCAUUAGGUCCAUUUGACCGGAUGAAAAAUUAGAUGUGUUCAUGUUGCUACUGUCUCAUUUACAUUUUGUAUAUUAAAUGCUCAUGUUGUUUGUCCAAUUCCAUGUCUCUUUGAUCUUGUUAUGUUCUGUGAGCUUUGGGAAAUAAAUAUACACACUUUGAAGCAA